UUCACACCCUUCUCUCGGUGUUAUUAAUUUGUUUCUCCACCACAUUAAGAGAGAAACACGAAGAUGGUGGGACCGAAAAGACCACAAAUCGUUCUCUUUGGUUCGUCCAUUGUUCAGCUAAGCUUCAGCAAUGGCGGUUGGGGUUCCAUACUUGCUGAUGUUUACUCUCGUACUGCUGAUAUAGUGCUGAGAGGAUAUUAUGGAUGGAAUUCUAGCCGUGCUGUUCAGGUUCUGGAUCAAGUAUUCCCACAGGAUGAAACUACUCAGCCUUCUUUGGUAAUCGUUUACUUUGGUGGUAAUGAUUCAAUGGGACCUCAUUCAUCAGGCCUAGGUCCUCAUGUAGCACUUACUGAAUAUGUUGAGAACAUGAGAAAGAUUGCGACUCACAUAAAGAGUCUUUCAAAGAAAACACGUGUGAUUCUUCUCAGUUGUCCUCCAGUCAAUGAGGACAAAGUUCGUGAAAACACAAGUAACUUCUUUAGCGAGAUGGUAAGGAACAAUGAGUUGUGCAAAACAUAUUCGGAUGCUUGUAUAGAGCUGGGCAAGGAAGUUGGAGUUAAGUGUGUUGAUCUUUUCAAUGCACUUCAAAGUCAUAAAGAUUGGGAGAAUGCUUGCUUCACGGAUGGGGUUCAUUUGUCUGAAGAGGGAAGUAAGAUAGUGGUGGAAGAGAUACUGAAAGUGUUAAAAGAAGCAGAAUGGGAGCCUAAGCUUCACUGGACAUCAAUGGAAACCGAAUUCGGAGAAAAUUCACCAUAUGAUCUUGUUGCGUAUGAUGGGAAAACCACUAUAAAUCCAUCGAAAUGGACUUACCACAGGGAAAUAAAAUGGGACUAGUAGUAUUCUGUGGUUUUAAAAACAAAACUGCCUUAUUAUCUUUCUCUGUCUCCCUAAUAAUAAUAAGAUUCUGUUUCUUCAGGAAAAGAUUGGUAAGAAUUCUGAAUUUCAUGCCAAAACUAUCCUGAGAAAAAGAUUGGUAGAAUUUGUAUGAUGAUUUGUGACAAUUCUGAAUUUCAUGCCAAAACUAUCCCAUAUAGCUGAUGUUUGUUGUAUUUAUUAAGUCUUAAAAUUGAAUUUUACCUUGCUCUGUUUAGCCA